AUGGAGGUAAACACUAGUGGAUCAAACCACAGGGGUGAACACAAGGGGAAAGGCUUUGUUUUGAUCACACUCAAAGAGGAGGAGCUCAACCGCGGUAAAGCACUUCCAACAUCUCUCACGCCAACUGGAGCGCUGGGCCAGCCGCUCUUAAAUAUCAGCUGUGUCAGCACAGGAGAAAGACCAGACUCAGAGGAACCAGAGCCAGAGACAUCAGCGAGACGACACCACUGCUCCCAGUGUGGAAUGAGUUUUACCCGGUUAUUACACGUGAAAAGACAUGAGAAGACACACACAGGAGAAAAGCCCUUCCACUGCUCCCAUUGUGGACAGAGUUUUACCAGGUUAUAUAGCCUGAAAAGACAUGAAAGGACACACACAGGAGAAAAGCCUUUCCACUGCUCUCAGUGUGGAAAGAGUUUUACCCGUUUAUGGCACUUGAACAUGCAUGAGAGAAGGCACACAGGAGAGAAGCCUCACGACUGCUCCGAUUGUGGAAAGAGUUUUACCCAAACAUGGCACCUGAAAAUGCAUAAAAGAAUGCACACAGGAGAAAAGCCCUUCCUCUGCUCCUAUUGUGGAAAGAGUUUUGCCCAGUUAGGGAGCCAGAAAGAACAUGAAAGAAUACACUCUGGAGAAAAGCCAUUCCAGUGUUCCCAUUGUGGAAAGAAUUUUACCUGGAUAGGGAACCUGAAAACUCAUGAGAGGACACAUACAGGAGAGAAGCCUUUCCACUGCUCCUUGUGUGGAAAGAGUUUUACUCAGUUAGGGGGCCUGAUCAAACAUAAGAGAAUACACAAAGGAGAGAAGCCUUUCCACUGCUCCCUGUGUGGAAAGAGUUUUACUCAGUUAUGGACUUUAAAAACACAUCAGUGGACACACACAGAAGAAAAGCCUCACACCUGCUCCCAGUGUGGAAAGGGGUUUGUUACGUUAAGGGGCCUGAAAAAGCAUGAGAGAAUACAUACAGGGGAGGAGAAGCCUUAUCAAUGCUCUCAUUGUGGGAAAGGUUUCGGACGAUCAGGGUAUCUAAAAGUGCAUGAAAGAACACACACUGAAGAGAAACCAUAUCAAUGCUCCCAGUGUGAAAAUACAUUCUUCUCACCAGGGGACCUGAAAAAACAUGAGAGAACACACUCUGUAGAGAGGCCUUUCCAAUGUUCCCAGUGUGGAAAGAGAUUUAUUCAGUCAUCACAUCUGAAAGAGCACACAAGAAUACACACAGGAGAAAAUCAAUUUCAAUGCUCUCAUUGUGGAAAGGGUUUUACCAGGUUAAGGAGACUGAAAACACAUGAGAUGACACACACAGGAAAAUAGCUUUUCCACUGCUCCCAGUGUGGAAAGAUAUUUACCUAGUUAGGGAACCUGAAAGACCAUGGACCACACACUGGGGAGUUGCCUUACAUCUGCUCCCAGUGUGAAAAGAGAGAUUUCACAUAAACACAGGCAGUUUAGCUAGGUAGUUGGCUAGGUAAUUAAACUAGCUAGCUGGCUAGGUAGUUAAGCUAGCUAGUUAAGCUGGCUAGGUAGUUAAGUUAGCUAGCAGAGAGAACAGUCUAUGACUAGGGUGCCUGGAGUCUUUGACAAUUUUUGGGCCUUCCUCUGACACCGCCUGGUAUAGAGGUCCUGGAUGGCAGGAAG